AUGACGGAAAACAACGAAGAAACGAUCGUCCCUGACGAACAAUGCAAUCUAACAUCAUCGACACCCAUGAAAAGCAGUGAUCUCGAAAACGUUGAAAGUCCAAUAGAACGGAAAAUAUCUAUCGUGGAGUGUGAUGGCGAGGGAAACCCCCCUAUUGAAAGUUCUGAAGAGACGCCUCCAGACCUAACUUCGCACAGUGUUGCUCCCCGAAGACGCCGUUCACCGAGGCGUCCUGAAGUUUCCGCUUCACGUCUUCCUUUAAAGGUUUUGAAUCAGAUUUUCCAAUAUUUGUCCCUGAAAGAUCUCCGAUCAGCAAUGCUAACUUGCCACAGCUGGAACAACGCACUCUCCAUGGAAGAUAGUGACAUUUGGCAGCAACUUCUUGUUCAAAAAUUGCCAGAAGCGGCACAUUCUGACCCAUUCUUAUUUGUUGAGCUUAGAUCAGCCCGCAAAAAGUUAAGAGCAUGGUACUUUGCAUGGAACACAAAUGAUAUAUCUCGGAACAACUACAUUCGCACAAAUGGGUUCACUGUUCAUCGACAACCAGUGGCUCAAUCUACAGAUGGCGUUCGUGGGAAGCGUGGUGUUUCUCAAGGUGUCCAUGCGUUCGACAUCACUUGGGAUGGUCCACUGGGGACUGUUGCGGUCGUUGGGUUCGCUACCAAGCACGCAGCUCUUCAUUGUGUUGGUUAUAUUGCACUUCUUGGGUCAGACGACCAAUCAUGGGGUUGGAAUUUAGUAGAUAAUGUAUUGAUGCACAAUGGAGUCCAGCUGGGGGUUUAUCCAAAAAUGAACAACCCGCCCAAAUAUGAGGUUGGAGAAAAAAUUCGUCUAGUGAUCGAUUGUGACAUGCAUGUUGCUUAUUUCGAAAGGAAUUCAGAAUUUCUCGGUAUAGCCUUCAGCCACAUCCCUCCUCUUCGACUUUUCCCAGCUGUCUGUGCGGUCUAUGGAAAUACUGAAGUGACGAUGGUUUACGUUGGAAGCCCACAGAUGGGUUGA